AUGGGUCCACGAUUGUAUCGCCGUGUUCUACUCACCACUCUCGCCUUGUUGGCCAUCGCUGCAGUGAUCUACACCAUCUCCCGCAUCAUCACCUUUGCCCAAUUAUUUGGUCUCACAAAGCCCCAUUCCGGCAUCCGUAUCACGCAGGCCCAGAUUGCAGCGGCCCACAGGAUAAAGCCCGAUUCACGAGAGCCCCUGGUUCCCAAAAUUAUCCACCAGAUCUUCCACAAUUGGCACGAUGCGAAUGAUGAUACUCUUCGACCAGACUGGGCUGCGGCCCGGAAAACCUGCAUGAAUCUUCAUCCUGACUGGGAGCAUAUGCUGUGGACAGCCAAAUCGUCUCGCAAGUUCAUCGAGGAGAAAUUCCCGUGGUUCAUCCCCGCCUACGAUCGAUACCCAUAUCCCGUGCAGAAGGUUGAUGUCGUCAAAUACUUUGUUCUUCGCUACUAUGGUGGAAUCUACAUCGAUUUGGAUAACGGCUGCGCGGCAAGUCUCGAACCACUCCUCUAUUAUCCAGCAUUUACUACUGAUGGCGGCCACGGAGCUUUGAGCAACAAUAUCGUCGGCGGCGAACGUGGCCAUCCGCUAUUCUCCCUCCUGACCGAUAAUCUACUCCGCUGGCAAGUGAACUACAUACUUCCCUACGUCACGAUUAUGUACGCCAGCGGCCAGUGGUACUUUACAGCGAUGUGGGAAAGAUAUCAUUCUCUACUAUCACGCGAAGAGUCAUGGAUCGUCAACAGUCCCGAGCCCGGGCCAACGCCUCUACAUCACAUUCUCAUGGAUGGGCGCCCUGGUGCAGACCCUUGGGUUUUCUUCACUCAGGUGGAUGGGAAUUCGUGGGCAAAUUGGGACAACCGGAUGUUUUCUGUCAUAGGCGACAAUAUUGCCUACAUUACGCUCUUCUUUAGUAGUGUUUUCCUUCUCGUCUUGUGGGCGUGCAUUCGAUACUCUAGUCGUAGGUCUCCCGAGACAGCGCAUAAGCAAUCAGCGGCCUAG